AACAGUGACAAGAUGGCGACCAAGAACUACUUGAACACUGGAAAACAAUAGAGACAGCGCAAUUGUGCAGAGUUUAUUUCUUUACUGUUUGAUUUCUAUUUUUCGUGUCGUCUUAAACCGGGGCACGGGAGUCGGCUGCGUUAAGUUGAAGACUUUUAAAGCAAACUUGAAUGAAAUGCUUUGUUUGGGGGGUAGUUAGCAUGCAGGCUAAGCUACAUCCGUAGCAGUAAUGUAACUGAGGAUCAGCUGUUAGACGCUCUGCUGCUUUAAAAGUUACUUUUACUUCUAAAAGUUAAAUAUUAAGUCUCUAGAUUCGUAUGUUUGCGCUGGAUGGAUAUACUGUAUGUGUUUUUGUCCGGACCUUUUUACGUAUCUUCUCUUUUUUUUCUCAAGUGCGUUUUUUUGCAAACUUUAACUGAGGCGAGGAGUCUACACGAAGCUAAAAAAAAUAUUUAUAUUUAUCGGGAUAACGAAGAACAUCAGCGCCGCGUGUGUAAACGUAAGGAUGGUGAUAAAAAUGGAGGCAGUUGAGUGUGUUUUUUAAAGACUCGCACACAACAAACACGCACUGAAGCAGCGCUGUGAUCAGUCCUGUGUUGAGUUGUGCUGGUAUCCGGACACUCGAGUGAGUUUAUAAACACGCUGUUGUUCUGGAUGAUGGCGGAUUUCGUGGUGCCGCGGCACAGAGCGGUGAUGGAGCGGCUCCGGCGGCGGAUCGAGCUCUUCCGGCGGCAUCACAACAGUUGCGAGAACCGCUAUGAGAACACGGCCAUGGAGCGGCUGGAGAUAGACAGACAGCAGACUUCGACGAUGCAUCAGCGCUGCCUGCAAACCAAGGCCAAGCGCUCGAACAAGCACCGGCAGCCUCCGGCGGCGAGCUCGGACCCGGCGGGGCAGAGAGGCAGUGGUAGCGGGGGCAGUAUCGCGGACGGUGGCAGUGGGACGCCCGGGGAGCAGAGCAGAAACAACACGCUGAUCGCGUUACAGGAGACUGUGAAGAGGAAGUUGGUGAAUGCAGGUUCUCCACUGGGCCGUGACCAGGUCAACGGUUUCAGCGAUGGCUACCCACCUAUUAAAAAGGCCUGCGUGGAGGACACACUCUCUGGUCUUAAUGGGGUCUCAAACGGCACUGUGCCACCUCUCUCACCCUUGGACUCCAAACAUAAUGUGAUGAUAGACUCCAUGGUGCCCAACGGAAACCACAGAGCACCUGGCUCAGAGCACAGUGGCACUAGUAUAACCGAUAAUGGUGCCACACGUGGUUCAGAGUGCGAUUUUCGUCUGAAAGAAAUGAAGCAGGAGCCGGUGGAUGAUAUCUUGCCUUGCAUACUGCCUACUGGAGGUUCAAACGGCAACAACAGCUUGUUCCCUGACCUCAACCUCAACGAUCAAGACUGGAGUGAGAUCAUGGAGGAGUUCAACCGCUCCGUACCUUACGAGGACAUACAGGAGCUCUUCAGCGAUGGCUUUGGUGAUCGCAAAGACCCUGAUCUUCCAUCUGGAGGUGCUGCUCAGAGCUUGAUGCCUCCAGAUCUGGCCAGUGUAAAGACAGAAUUUUCUCCCGCCACGGUCACCUCCGCAUUCGAUCAGGACUCUUGCUCUGGUUCACCUCAGGUGAGACCCACCUCAUCUGGGCCUCCGCUACACACAAACUCCCCCGUAACUGCUCCGGCAACUUCUACAGCCUCCUCGCCAGCGCUUCCAGUGCCACAACUUCCACAACAGCCCCCCAUUCAGUCCUCCAGACCACUCCAGAAUCACCUGCUGCCAGGUCCACCCAAAGACCUGUCACCUGCUCAACAGCUGCAGCAGUUAGCGGCACAACAGCAACGAGUGCAAAUACUUCAGAGCCAACAGCAGCACGUGGUUCCGAAACAACCACAACAAAAACCACAGCAACAUCAAGCAGUAAAAUUCCACCAGCAACCCAACCACCCCUCAUCCUGGCCCCAAAACGCACCCACCCAAAGUCAACUGGGUGGGACAUUUGGCCUUGAGAAGCCCACAAGUCCUUCCUUGUACCCUCAAGACUUCCCCAACCCCAAGACCCUGCUAAUGUCAGGCCAGCAGCCCAACAAAGGCUCUCCCAAAGCGGGCACCCCAGCUGGGUACAUGCAGUCCGGUGGCCAUGGCAACAUGUUAAGCCACCCGGCAGCUCCUACAGGACCACUUAGCCACCCAGCCAACCCAGGGGCUCAGGCAGCUAUGUUGGACUACAGUAACACUAAACCCUUGUCCCACUAUGAGGCUGGAAUGCCAGGAGCCCCCAGGGGCCCGCCCAACACACAGAACCAGAACAAACAGAAUCAAGUGUUCCUGAAUCUGAUGCGACAUCAGCAGUUGCAGAAGCAGAGGUUGACAGGCAUGAACUUCAGACCACCACACCUCCAGCAUGCUCAGGAGUCAGGAUCAUACUCCACUGCCUCCCAUGUUCCCGGUCCUGGUAACACCAUGACGCCGCAGCCGAGCGGCAACAGCAUCCCAGGUAACCAUGGUAAUGCAGCUUACAUGAAGCAGAUGCAGAUGAUGAGCCAGCAGCAGAAACAGUUCAUCCAGAGACAGAUGAUGGCUGAACAGGAGAAACAGCGGCAGCAGCAAGAACAGCAGUUACAGAGGCACUUGACCCGUCCCCCGCCCCAGUACCAGGACCAACAAAGCCAGCAGGCCCAGCCGAAUCCAUUCCAGCAACAGCAGCAGGUCUCCCAGUUCACAGGUGCAGCUCCCUGCUUGGCUCAGCAGCACUCCUCCGGCUUUACAGAACACAACAUCUCUGGUUCGUCACAGCCAAUUGGAAACGUAAACUCUCUCGGUGGUCCUGCAUCUGGAGCUCAACGAAUGUUCUCUCAGACGCAAGGUAUCCCAGCUCCUGGUGCCCCUCCAGCUGCCAGUCAAGCAGACAUGAGCCUCCCAUCCUGUGCAGGUGGUCUUGAUGUACAACAAGUCCUAUACAGCAACAUGCCCAUGCACCCCUCCCACCCCAACCAGCAAAGACCACCUGUAUCAGCCAUGUCUGCGGCCUACAGACAAAACAUUCUAGCAGCCCAGCACCAAGCACAUUUAAAGAACCAACCCAAUGCCACCCUGUUGAAACAACAACAACAACAACAACAGCAACAACAACAACAGCAGCAGCAGCAGCAGCAACAACAACAACAACAGCUCGCCCGUCUGCCCAACAGCAUAUCCAAUGCAUUGGCUAGUAACAUUAGUGCUGCUAUGCCCAACACCAUGCCGACAAGUAUUCAGGGUGCUUUGCCUACACAGACCCAAGCCUGGCAGCAGCAGUCUCAACAGCAUCCAGGUCUCCAGCAGGGCAUGGGCGCCGGAGGCAAUCCUGCCGGGUUUGCCAACUCUGGCUUCCACAUGCAGUCUAGGAUGGCCAAACUACCCAACAAUGGCCCAUUUCCCCAGGGUGGAAUGGGUAACAGCGCAGCUGGUAGGGCUUUGGUGGGCAUGAAUACUGCGCAAAUGAUUCCUAACAUGAAUCAGCAACGGACCAAUAACCCUGCCAUGGGGCAACAAUUGCCCCCUCCCAACCAGCAGGUGCCCCAGCAAGGGCAGCCACAAGCGCCACUUCAAACCCAGCAGGUUCUUGCUGAUCUGGGGCCCUUUGGGCAGUCGCAAACAGGACAGGUGCCCAACCGCACCGUGGGACUCCAGUGCAAUCAGGCCUAUCAGCUCAACAGGACAGCCAAUCAGCAAUUGCAGUUCAGCUACAAUACCCAGUCAGGAGGCAGCUUAACCGGCUUCCCUGGUGAGACCGAUCUAGUGGACUCGCUGUUGAAGAAUCAGUCAACACAAGAGUGGAUGGCCGAUUUGGAUGAGCUAUUGGCCAGUAACCAAUGAGUGAUGCCGAUGGGCCAAAUACAAAACUUUGUAAGGGGCUGUUCAGGCUGAACUCGUUUUUGCUAGAUGCAACACAAAGAAUAGAACAGAAUGCAGGUGUCUAGAAAUGUGUUUUUAAAAGUUUCAGUUCUUUAAGUUCUGGGUUCAAUACAAGUAAAGCUCAAUCUACAGCAUUUGUGGCACAAUGUUGAUAACCAAAAGGAGUCUGUCCUUUUCUUUAAAAAAAAAAAAGCAAAUAUCAAGGUUACAGUGAGGCACUUACAAUGGAAGUGAAUGGGGCCAAUUUUUGGAGGGUGUAAAGGCUGUAAUGUGAAGCUUAUGAUUGUAAAAAUAUCCUUGCAUUAAUUCUUCUAUAUAAAACUUGUGCAUUAUUGGAGCUUUUAUGGAGGGUUUUAUGACAUUACGUCAUCACGUCAAAAAAAUUAUAUAGAAUUUACAAAGAAAGGGUUAGAAGCAAAAUUAUUACACUUAAAUCAGGUUAACACGUACUAUUUGAGUCUUGUGUCUAUACUUUUGAAACGGUGUGUAUUUUAACACGGAUUGGCCCCAUUCACUUCUAUUGUAAGUGCCUCCCUGUAACCUAGAUUUUUGGUUUUGUUCUUUUAAAGAAACGAAUGAAGAGAACAAGAAGAAAGGGAAAGACAAGUCGAAAUUAUGUGUUGUGGUAAUCAACAUUAGACCACAAAUGCUGUCGAUUGAGCUUAACUCAUUUUAAUCCAUCAUAUUCCUUUAACUUGAAAUGUGGUUUAAAAAUCGCAACACAUCUGCACGAAAUGCAGCGCAAUGGUCAAAAAUGUCCAUCUAAUGUGUCUUUGUAUAGGAAAACCAUUUAAAAACUGUGCAGAUGGAUGCAAAAACAUGUUCAUUGUGAACAGCCACUAAGUCAUUUCGGUGCCUUUGACAGAGAAGAUCUGUGAACGUCCACUUUUGGAUGUUGGUGAAAAUGCAUAUACUGGUCAUUUAGUGGUUAGAUCUGCUGUUGUCUCUAGUAUGUACAUUGUGUAUAUAGUACAACACGAGUUGGGCACAGGACCAAGAGCCUGUGAGGUAUUGAAGUAUUCUCUGGACGGGAAAUUUCAAGGGAAACAUUCUACUACUGAACCUGUGGCUCAGUAAAACCACUGAAUUUUACUAUGAUGUGAUGAGUGUGCACUCGUACACAGCCUCAUUAUUUCAUGGUUUUAAAGGAUAGUUCAGAUGUUUAUUUUUUACUUUAAUUCCUUCAAGUUCCAGAUGGUUUAUGGUCAUUGGAUAGUUUUAUAUUCACUAAUUAUAGGAAUGGGAUGCUUUGGAAUUUAUCAGGUUGUGACAGCUUACAGGAGUGACACUGUAACCAUAAACCGUAAAAGAGGAAGAACAUUUGAAUUUAUUAAAACACUACAAUACUGAAGUGAAAGUGGGUGGAGCCAUGCAAUGUCAGCAUUACACUUUUACAUGUUACUCAAUUAAAUUCUGAAAUUUGCUUAAAAAAAAAAGCCAAAGUUAUAGACCUUUCCAUUGGUAAGAGGGUUUAUAUUCUGUUUUCCUGUUUCGGUAAAGGUUCACCCUCUGUGUAUUAUGUUGUGUUGAUGGAAGGGCAGGUGCUUGUUAGAAUGGGCUUUACCUGCCUCACGACUAGACUGUUUCUGCAUCCGAGUCUGUGAUGGAAAUUCAUGUAUAUUUAUAUUUUUUGUAUGUAUGCAGUUUCUAUUGUUCAGGAGAAGAUAGAGCUUAUUUUUAUAUGUACAUUAUUGCACAUUUUUGUAAGUAUUUUUUACUUUUUAUUACUGUUCUCUGUAAAACAAGAGUAUUGUGUAAAUAUAGUUCUCUAGA